AUGCCGAGACUAACCUCAUCACCUCCUCAUAUUCACUUCUUCCUCUUCUUCUACAUCCCCAGUGUCGUCUUCCUGUGCUACCUCUCCCAUGUUGCAGAGUCUCAAAUCCAAGAUCAAGAACAGCAAGUCCUCUUGAAGCUGAGGCAAUCCUGGCAGGACCCAUCUUCCCUCGACCACUGGGUCACCUCCAAUCCAUCCUCCCACUGCACAUGGCCCGAGAUCACCUGCCAAGAAAGCUCGAUCACGGGGACCAUACCUGAAGAUUUCGGAAAGCUCAGGAAUCUAUGCAGCUUGAUUUUAGAGUUCAAUCAAUUGUCCGGUAGAAUCCCGGAAGGUAUUGGGCGUCUUCCCGCUUUGUCUGAUGUCAGGCUGUCCAAAAACAAUCUAUCGGGCACGAUCCCCCCGGACUUUGGCAACUUUUCCCCGCUCAGAAGAUUCGAAGUGGCCUACAACAACUUGAGCGGUGCAUUUCCAGAACAGCUGUGCCAUGGCGGCACGCUCUCCUGGUUGGCCGCUAUGGACAACAAUCUCAACGGGGAGUUGCCGAAGUCACUUGGAAAUUGCAGUACUUUGUCCCAUGUGAUGCUGCACAACAAUGGAUUCACCGGCAAUGUGCCUGGAGGACUCUGGAUGUCACGGAACUUGACAGCUUUGAUUUUGAGUGGUAAUGGAUUAACUGGCGAGCUUCCCGAGGAGCUGUCCCCAAACCUCACUCGGAUCGAGAUGAGCAACAACAAAUUCUUCGGCAAGAUUCCGAGCACGGUGUCUUCGUGGAGGAACAUGGCGGUGUUUGAGGCCGGUAAUAACCUCCUCAGUGGCACGGUUCCGACUGAAUUGACCGAGCUUCCUAAGCUGACGAGGCUUUUGCUCGGUCAGAACGAGCUCUCCGGGAUUCUUCCCACGGACAUCGUUUCAUGGAAAUCCUUGACCACUCUGAAUCUUAGUCACAAUAACAUCUCGGGACCGAUUCCAAGCGAAAUCGGUCUUCUACCUGAACUCACGCAGUUGGAUCUGUCUGACAACCAACUGUCCGGCUUGAUUCCUCCUGAAAUCGGCCAACUGAAUCUGAACUGUCUGAAUUUAUCCUCCAAUCGCCUCAGGGGACCAAUCCCGGCCAAGUUAGAGAACGCCGCAUAUGACACCAGUUUCCUGAACAACCCCGGGCUCUGUGCAUCCAAUUCGUUCAUGAGGAUCAAUCUCUGCAACGCCCAAUCCCAUAGGUUGAGCAAGACCAAUCUCACCUUGAUCGUGAUCUUGGCCAUUGCGGCAGCGAUGUGCGUGUUGUUGGUGGUGCUAUUCACGAUCAGAGCUUCCAGAAAGAACAGGGAUUGGUUUGAUUCGACUCCAAAACUGACUUCAUUCCAAAGUUUGAAUUUUACGGAAUCAAAUAUUCUGUCAGGAUUGAAGGAGCAUAAUGUGAUUGGAAGUGGUGGAUCAGGAAAAGUAUAUCGCAUUAUUGUGAAUCCUUCUGGUGACGCCAUCGCUGUGAAAAGGAUUUGGAAUAACCAAAAGUUAAAUGAGAAGCUGGAAAAGCAAUUCGCAGCAGAAGUGGAGAUACUUGGGAACAUCAAGCAUCGGCACAUUGUCAAAUUGUUAUGCUGUAUUUCUUGCGAGAACUCGAAACUCCUAGUGUAUGAGUACAUGGAAAAUAGCAGCUUGGACCAUUGGCUUCACAAGAAGAAAGGAUCGUCGCCCAUCCCAGGUGUCGCCAACAAUAUGAUCUUGGAUUGGCCCAAAAGGUUGCAGAUUGCGCUUGGAGCAGCUAAAGGACUUUGCUAUAUGCAUAACGAUUGUUCAUCACCCAUCAUCCACCGAGAUGUGAAAUCGAGCAACAUUCUCUUAGACUCAGAGUUCAACGCAAAAAUUGCUGACUUCGGCCUUGCAAGGAUGUUGGCCAAGCCUGGAGAAGCUGCUAGCAUGACAGCUGUUGCUGGUUCUUUCGGCUAUUUGGCACCAGAGUAUGCUCAUACGACAAGAGUCAAUGAGAAGAUUGAUGUCUAUAGCUUUGGGGUGGUUCUCUUGGAACUAACCACUGGGAGGGAGGCUAACGACAGGGACGAAGACAUGUGCCUCGCUGAUUGGGCAUGGCGUCACAUCCAAGAUGGCAACCCGAUAUCUGACGCAUUAGAUGAGGAGAUCAAGGACGACUCAAACGUAGAUGAAAUAAGCAAUGUUUUUAAGCUCGGGAUCUUUUGCACUGCUACUCUGCCUUCCACGAGGCCUACAAUGAAGGAGGUACUGCAAGUGCUGCUCAAAUGUAGCGAUCCGCUGUACAAUGUCGAGAAGAAAUCCCAACACAAGUUCGAUGUCGUCCCACUCCUCGAAAAUUCCAAGCAUGAGGAAAUGCCACGCAGCAAUUUUCAUGUUCUUGAGUGCAACACUUACUGAACGUUAGCACUAGAACAGUCGCAGAAGCCAAGUGUAGGGCUUUGGUCUUCCAACUUUUGCAAAACUUUUCCAACUUGUCCUACAGAGAGACAAGCAUCAAACGAUUUGUCUAACUAUGUAUUAGUCAUCCAUACCUAAGACUAGGUUCUGAAUGUAUCCUAUAGAAUGCACAGAAUAUGAGAGAUGGAUAUGUCAAUUUGAGCUAGAUAGAUAGACUUCCAAGGAGAG